GGCCCUAGCAACCGAAGCAUCCUAACGACGCCUGCAGCGUGGGCUGAGGCCCUUUUCGCCCAGACCCCAGAGUGGACCCCUGAGCCUGCAGGCAGACAGAAAUCUGAAAAAUGUUAGAAAGUCCAAAAUCCAGCAAGACCUCUGAACUAAGUCCCAAAGGUUCAGUAAAGAAACUUAAAAUUAAAGAACAAACCAAAGCUAAAGGAUCAGCCAAAGGCAAGCGAAAACAGCUUGGUAAAAAAGAUGAGGAAGUUGACAUAUCUAUGGCUAGCAUAGGCCACCCAGAGAUCUUUCCAUUAGUUUUCACUCAAAAGACACAAGAAAUUUUAAAUUGUCGAAUUAAUGAAGAUGUCACAGAAGAAAAACCUUACAAACUUCUGAAAAAAGAGGACAUAAUUCAGGACAUGAAGACAAGAGCUGCAGUCUCCGAUUUCCACCCAGUCAAAAAAAUAGUCCUAGAAUAUCCAGGGGAAGAACUUCUGGUAGUUUUAGAUACAGAGUUCAAAUAUGGACAGAACUUUUAUCUUGUUGCAACUGAAGAGGCCAAGAAAAGCUUUUUAAAUCCUCCAGAGCCAGUGGAAGAAGAAGGAGAGACUAAAGAAGGAACAACAGAGGAAUACGUUUAUAAGCCUCCUGUCCGCAAACCUUGGGUCUCCCUUGGCAGUGAAAAGGAAAUUGAAGAAGAAUCAGUUAAUGAAUCUCUUAGAAAGAUUAAAUAUAUGAUUUCUCGAGUGCGCAGAGAGUUUGGUUCAAAGGUCAAAUUUACUGAUAGAAAUGCUUCAAGUGUAAAAGAUGGCUACAUUGAAUGUACAUCCUAUCAGGAUAAAAAUUUCAUCAUUAAGAAACUUGAAAAAGAUGUUGGUACACAAGUCGUUCCAAAAGUAAGGGAAAUGAGUACUCAAACAAAGUGGACCUAUCCAAGAAAUGCAGCCACACAGUAUUUUCCUAGAGAGUUCUCAGAUGAAGAAAAAGAGCUGUGUUUGUCAUCUGAGGAUCUGAAAGAAUUUAUUAUCUCAGUGCUUUUAAGAGUGGAAAUAGCAUUGCAGCAAAAUGAAAUAAUGAAUGCCUUUUUUGAUGACUGGAAAGCAUUAGCAGAAGACGAAAGUGCCUUUGGUGGCAAGUCAGAUGCUUACCUUAAGGAAUACCAAUCGUUUACAGACCUGCACUAUCUGAAGCAUAGAACAGUUAGCUGUGUUUGCUGGCACCCAACCAUUUAUGGGAUUAUAGCAGUGUCAGUAACAGAGCGGCUUUCUUAUGAAGAACGCAUUGCCCAGUCGGGUAAACUGUUGUUGCGGAAGUCACCAAUUCUUUUUUGGAGUUUCUCUGACCCUAUUCACCCUCAGUUAAUGCUGGAUUGCCCUGAAGAUAUCUACUGCUUUGAGUUCUGUCCAUCUGAUCCCAAUAUCAUUGCUGGAGGCUGUAUGAAUGGACAGGUUGUACUGUGGGACAUUUCUGAGUAUGAAGAAAAGCUGCAGAAUGCUAAAACUGGUGCUGGUGGAAGCAAGAACACUGCUGUUAAUAUGCCAACGUUUAUACAAGCACAACAAAGUGGUAAGGAACCACAUUUUGUGAGAUAUUGUGCAGUCUCUUCCAUAGAAUAUGGCCAUAAAACAGUAAUAACAGAUAUACACUGGCUGCCAGACUAUUUUGAGGUUAACAGAAUGGGCAUUGCUUUUGAAAACAGAACUGGAGUCUGUGUGCAGCUUGUAACCUGCUCUCCUGAUUGCUCCAUAUUGUUUUGGGAUCUUCGAGCCCCCAAAGCUACUAUCCAGAGUUCAUUCGAGAAAGUAAAAGAAGAGAAGGUUAUCGAGGCUCCCCCUGAUGUACCGACUACUUUUAAACAUCUAGAUCUCUCCUGGAGACCUCUCAUUAAGGCAAACCUAUCCAAGAGCGACACAAGUGGAGACUAUAGUCCUACCAAAAUUAGCCUAGUGGAAGAGCAUUUCCAUUACAAAAUGCAAGAUAAGAUGCAAUACCAAGUCAAACCAGAAAUAUUUGGAGAUGAAAAUCCUUAUAAGCAGUUAAAGGUCCCUUCAGCCAAAGCUCUUCAGAUAUUGGAAAAUAUCCCCACCAACUUUUUUGUUGGAACUGAAGAUGGUGAAGUUAUUUAUUCCGACUGGAAGAUGGAAAGAGAGAGUGACUCAGGAAGACUGAUUAGUCAGAAACCAGCUAACAAAUACACCAUCCAUGAUGGAAUUGUCCACACUAUACAAAGAUCUCCAUUUUUCAAAGACAUCAUUCUUAGUGUUGGAGGCUGGAAUUUUGCCAUAUGGAAAGAAGGUGUUACAAGUGGCCCAAUCCUUCAAUCAUGCUGCUCAUCAAAAAGAUAUACUGUAGGACAUUGGUCCUUAUCGAGAGCAGGAGUUUUCUUCAUUGGUAGAGAAGAUGGAAAUAUUGAUAUUUGGGACCUACUGGAGAAAACACAUGAGCCAUCCCAGACCCAGAACAUCUCUAUAUCAAUGAUCACCUGCAUCAAACCCUGGAUCGUCUCUUCAAAGCAGCACUUUUUAGCUAUAUCUGAUAACUUUGGAACUCUGCAUAUUUUAGAAAUCUCUUGGACAUUAAGUCACCCUUCCAGUAACGAGCGUGCCAGUGUUCUUCAUUACUUUGAGAGAGAGGUCAAACAUCUGGAUUAUUUUGAACAGCGUCAAGAAUUCCGAGCCAAAGAAAGAAAGGAAUUGGAACUGGAAACACAGAGGAAAAAGACAAGAGUGGCUGGUGGACAGAAAUCAAGAGAACAAAUGGAGGAGCAGAUGAAUAUAAAUUAUGUAGAUUUUCUGGAUGAAGAGAAGAAGAUCCUGACAGGACUUGGGCUACUGAAAGCAACAGAUAGAUUUGCCUAGAACAGAACACAAUGAGCAUAUUGGCGAAUGUGGUUUUUUUUUUCAGGAUAGGUUAUUUUGCUUUUUUGGGAAACCUGUAUAUAUUUAAUUAGCAGCAUCUUUAGUAUGAGAACUGUAAAUAUAAAUCAUAUCACACUAGGCAAAAUUAUCUCACUAGCUUUAUGAAGAUGUUUGCUCAGAGCAGCAGGUGAGAGAACACUUGAUUUGUGAUAUUCCUGCACGGCCAUUCAUUAAUGAUUAUAGUUAUAAAUGAGUCAUCUCCUGGUUUAAUGGCAUUAUUUUAAGUUAGCCUACUUAUUUAUUGUUACAAUGCACCUACCCAGCGCUGUGCCUGCUGUAAAAGUAUUCAGUGAAAAAUCUACUCAACAAGUCAAAAUAAGACUACAACAUCCUCCCCUGCAAACUGCUCCCGUUCGAAUAGAAUAAAAGGAUAUUAAUAUUCCUGCUGCUCAGCUCCAAUAAACAUCUCCCACGCCACCAUUCAUCAUCCCCAAAGCACUCAAUUCCCCUGGAAAAGCUUACUUUAAGUUUUGCAGCAUGCCCUGAAGGUCCCAAGUUUGGGCAUGUCAUGAAUCAAGGGAGAAAGAGCACUCCAAAGCCAGUAACACACUGCCGCUCGCCGCCUUUGGUUUACAUCAGGAGGGACCAGUCAGCACCUCAGAUGACCACAACUGCCCUGGCAACAUACGAAGAGAAAGAGGUAGUCUCUCAAGUGGCUGGGACUGAAGCCUUUAAACCUCAUAAACAACACCACACACUUCACCUGGGCAGAUCAUGAAGCACUGGUCUCCUGUGCUCUUUUCAUGGAAGUCCAGCUCAUAAGCAGGUCACUGUGUUCUGAACUACCUGCAAUUUCCACAUCAUUUGAAAACGUCGCCCCAAACAGAGCACACAAUCUAACCUUUGGGUGAUUAGGGAGUAGAGCACGGCAGCUAGUACGGGACUUACUGUUUGUUAAAUACAGAGUGUGGCAGACCCACAGAAAGAACAGCAGGAACCAUACUGGCCCAGGGGGCCUAUGUUUUGAUUCUGUCGGAGGUGUGAAUUAAUGCCACUUUACAAGCUUUGCUUCAGUAUUCAAAGGCUUCUUUGAGCCCCAUCUCUGUGUUGCUAAAGUGGUUCGCAGACUUUCCUUUGCUGAAGACUGUGAGGAAAGGGAGGUUUACGCUACGCAGCUCUUAGCAACACAGCCCAGCCCCUACAGCCGUGGUGCUAAAAGGAGCGCAGUGUAGCCACCGUUUGUCGGCAGGAGAGAGCUCUCCCGCCGAGAAAAAACAUCCAUCCCCAACGAGGAGCGGUCGCUCUGUCGGCAGGAGAGUGCUCCUGGCGACAAAGUGCUGUUCACACCAGCGCUUUUCUUCGACAAAACUUGUAUCUUUCAGGGGGAUUGUGUGUGUGUGUUUUUUUUAACACCUCUGAACAACAGAAGUUGUGUCGUUCAUUUGCCAGUGUAGACAAAGCCUUCGAUAGAAGAAACAACAAACAGAUACGAGCUAGACACUCAUCAAGAGAUUUUGAUGAACCCUGGUAACUACAAGAAUGAAGCUCUAGUGGCUAGGUAUGAUUGUAGAACCUGGAGGUGUGUGUUCCUUAGCUAGUUUUCCUGUGUUGUGAUUAACAACCAUUUGCACGUAGUUAAAGGCGAGCACAAGAUUUUUAAAAAACGUGUUUUCCUGUGAAUCCCAUGCAAGAUGGCUCUAUUUCUUCAUGUCUGACAUUUAUUUUAAGGUUCAGUUCACAGUUUGAUUUAAGCAGAUUCUGAACAGUGGGAGGAUGGAUAAGAGGGUAGUCACAGAGGUACUCUAGCCCCUCAGAACACUUCUUUUAUUUACAUGCUGCAGUUUGUGAAAGUUGUUCUGUGAAGAACUGGGUGGUUCCAGAUUAGCAAUGGAGAUACAGAGCCUUACAUUGCAGGUUUGAAUCUUUAACAACUAGUGAUAGUGACCAGAGAUAAUGCACUGGCUGUCACAUCUCCCAUCUGAAAUGAGCUGACAGGCUCAAUCGAGCUUUGAGAUGUCACAAAAUUCACCAACGUAAAAAUUGGUGCUGAGUGGCCAUUUUGAUGUCAAUCACAGUAUAGGGACCAAAGAAUGUAAAUGGAAACCUAACUGCUUUCAUCUUUAGCGGGUGGUCACAUCUGGUGAGGACUGAUAAACAUUUCUAGGGAAUGAUUCUGCUCUUUUUGUGGAAUCGACUAAACACCAUUACAUUGUGUGGAACACAUUGUGUGAACUGGUAUAAAAACCUAAUGAACAGAAUAGAUCUCUCAACCAGUAAUAUUUCUGAGAGAGAAUAAAAACCGUGUUCUAGUUUUUCCUUGGUCCUUUCACAGAUCUCUGAUGUCACAGCCGUAUAUCAGAGCCCAGCACAGCUGCAUAAGAACAGCAAGAGUUCCUUCUUCACUAGAGAAUUCUCCAAACUAAAAUCCUGGACUGGUGUAAACCUGAUCUUUGGCAGAAAUUGAGUACAAACAUCACAGCACAGAUGAUGGAUGUUCUCCACACCGACUGCAACGGGCAACAUGGAGUAAUGGCAAUAGCUUGAAUUAGAGGGAUACCAGCAGAUUAAGUCAUAUAUGUAACAUAUUUCCUUCUAACUAAAAUUGAAAGAAUUGUGUACAUUCUAAUUACUUUUCAUGAUUUAGGCUUUGUAUUUUUGUUUUGUUUUAAUUUCUCUCAGCUUAGGCAAUGAAAAUAGAUUAUUCAGUUCCUCUUUUAUGUCUAGUCAGUUUCACUUGCUGGCUCUAAUGCUUGUACUGGGAUGCCAACAUUGCAGGGCAAUUUCUUUAUUUUAAAGAAAAUUUCUAUUGGAAAAAGCCACAAUUUCUUGUAUUUGUCUUAGCUUUUGUAAAAGCUUAUUGUUAAUAGGCCUAAACUUUGGACUAAGUUUCACCUGCCAGUAAAACCUUAAACAAUAACAUCCUUAUGCCUUUGCUUCAAGGAGGUAAUCAAAUUCUUAACCAAAAUCACAGAUCUAACCCCCAAGCACCACCACCACCCCCCCAAGUCUAGGAAAUUUCAGAACUCUGCAAACUGGAGCAUCUCUGCUUAAAAUAAUCAUUUUGUUCAUCGGAUUAUAAAAUGAUUCCUAAUUUAAGAUUAGUAAAUGCUUAACAAAUGGAAGACUGGACCCAUAAAAAUAUGUUGUUCCCCCAAGGAAACUGGGUUGUAUUAGAAAGAGCAGCUUUUACUGAGCACACAGUGAAUGUUGCUGUUUGCAUUUCCACUGAAAGGCAAUUAUUCCUGAGAGAUGAACCACGUGUUAGACAACAGCUUUAAUAUCCACAAGUGUAAAUGAGUAACAGCCUCAUUAAUAUUUAUGUUCAUCCUUUAUCUGCAGGGAUGACUCUUUACAUUAUGCAGCGUUCCUGCCUGUUGCUAGGUUUCCAAAGCCAGGUCAGAUACCAUGUAACUGAGUAGAACCUGUCAAGUGGAAAUUAAAUGUAUCAGAGAAGGACAGAUUAAACUCUAUACGGGUGAAUUCACUCUUUCCAUGACUCACUGAGCUGUUUUGAGGGUCACAGACUCCUGUCAAAUGAGUGUCCAUAUGGUCACAGUAGAAACUAGAACGCAAAAUAAAACUGACACAUGGGGCCUUUGCCAAAAGAAACUUCUGUAGACCAAUGCUACCUAACUACAGUGCACUACUUCAUCCGAACAAAGGCUAUUCUAAAAACCCUGGAACAAGAUAGCUAUGAGCUUCCUGUCCACAGAGAAAUACAGAGAUUACAAAUAGGUUUUAAGGAAAUGUAAAAACAUGCUGUAAACCCACAAGGGCUAGUGUCUCAAGGCCCCUCCCAUUAGGUAUAUUUACUUUUUGCUAAAGCUUCAGUCAGGCUUAAAGAAAGUGCCAAUUGAGUACCACUAAACCUGGAUGUAAUUAUAGUGUGACAUUUAAAAAGGAAAACUGAGCACGUGUGUUUAGAAAUGAUUAUAAAAUUAUCAGCCUUUUAUUUUUAAUUUGAAGUUUAAAUACUAUUACAAUUACAUUAUAUGGCUCCUCUAUAUUAGGCAAUCUCUACAUCAAAAUAAAAGUGAACUGUAAUAACCACUUUCCUGACAUCUAUAAUGUUGUGUUUUCAGCUGGAGAUCAAAUGGAAAGGGAAUGCAGCUCCCUUUGUUAAAUCACCAUUUAACAAACAAAUUGGUGUGCACAGAUAUGGCAACUGUCCCACCACAAGCUAAAUUGAAAAGCUCUAUCCUCUGGUUGUGAGGCCUAUAUUUUAUUAGAGGAACAUACGAUUUUUCAGAUCAGCUUUCACAGAACUUUAGCCAACUAGGACAGUCUACAAUAUACAGAAGUCAAUAAAGUGAUCACUGAAUGUACCUGGAAAAUCCCUGUCACGUUUGUCUCCUUUACUAAGGAGGAAAAAAAAAAAAAGAGGAAGUCACAGCUUCUCUUCCUCAAACCACUUUAAAAAAAGCUCUAAAAGUUAUUCAAGACAGCCUCUACAUAUACCCAUGCUCCCCAGCACUUCAGAGGAACCACUGGAAAGCAGUGGGGGCUAGAUGCGUGCUCUUUCACGGGACCCAGUGUUUGGAGCAGAGAUUAAAAAAAGGGAUCAUACCUUCCCCCCUGCCUCAGUCACUUCCAUUCUGCCGCUGAUUCCUUCAGCGUGGACAAGACAGCACCAGUACAUAGUAACCCAGACCUCCUGGAUGUAAGAAAAAGCAGCUAUUACAAUGUUUGUGCUCCAGGACAUUCACUCACAGAAGGAAACUUUCUGCACAGAUUUCAAGGCCUGAUACUGUUUCCACUGAAACCAACAGCAAAAUUCCCACUGGAUUCAGUGGGAAAAGGAUCAGGACCACAUAGGGUAGUAUUGCUUUUGGCUUAUAGAUGAAAUAACUUGUCUAAGCUGUUUUAUUUGUUUAAAUUGUUAAAAAGAAUAUAUACACACAAGGCACUAGAGAUACAUUUUAUAGAGCGCUUGAUAGAAAUGAGCUUCCCUGUUAAAAAUCUUGCAGUUAUCUACAAACUAUCUAAAAUAACCCAAAUGUGUUACUAAUACUAUGCAGGCAGCUCUGGAUUGGGAUCCACAAGUGCUAGGGCUUUGUCUACACUACAACCUCCUCCACAUCAGGAAACUUAAUCACAACCAGGCUGUCGCCCCACCUGGUUACAGCUGUGCUUCCAGUUCUCUGUACAAAGUGGACCUUAAACUUUUUUAACACAUAAGGUAAAGCAUUAUUCUGACCAACCAGAAAUUAAGGUUUCAGACUGGUUCUGAAACAUGGUUUAGGGCAAGUAUACACUAUAAAUUGGAACCCUGUUUUGUAGUCAGAUUACAGAACAACCAGAUUUUAAUCUGGUACCAUGACAUAAUUGUAAUUAGAAACCGGAAUCAUCAGACUAGAGCUCCAUGUAGUCUAGUCUCCUGUCUCAGCAGCCAGUACCAAAUCAGGGAACUGCAACAAUCUUCAUAAGGGACAUAAUGGCAUAACCUGCCUAUAAUGAAAGUUUCUUCUUAAACUUGUCAAUUAGUGGCUGGCUUUUAGCCUGAGCAUGAGGGUUACAUCCUGUAUACAUGUUUUAGCCUCUCUAUUGUAACUCCGGACAUUCUGUUACCUGUCUCAGUGUCUAACCCAAUCCAAACCAAUCUUGCAGCAGAGAGUUCCACAGCUUAAUUAUAUAUAAGAAUAUUGUCGUGUAGAUGGCAAACUCCAAGGGAUAGCCUACAGCCUUCCAGGAUCCUGGAAGAGUGGAAGAUGUACGGUACACGUCAUGCUUCACUCAUGGUGUCAUCAAUGUAAAGGGAAGGGUAAACACUUUUAAAAUCCCUCCUGGACAGAGGAAAAACCCUUUCACCUGUAAAGGGUUAAGAAGCUAGGAUAACCUCGCUGGCACCU